AUGAUUAUCAACCCUGCAGAGAGGAGAGACGCAGGAACAUACAGAGUGCAGAUCACUGAGGAGGCAACAGGGAAAACAGUCCUGGAAAGCCCGCUCAUGCACCUCCUCCCACCGGACCUGUACAGCACCCCACUUCCGGGUCAGAUCAGUGAGAGGUGCUGCUUGUGUAGCAAAGUUUGGGAUGAACCUCCGGUGCUCCUGCCAGGUCGUGCUAUAUUUGACUAUGUCACCCAGGUACUCCGCUGCAAAGGCUCCAGUGCCAUCCAAGACCCGGUCCAUCAGUCUUUGGAAGCUCCCGUGUCUGAUGUGGAUCUGUCAAUCAGCUGCUCAGCCAAUGGGGAGAGGAGUGUGAGGUGCUCCUCCAAUGGGGACAGUCCUCAGUACAGCUGGUCUCUGGAUGGGAGGCCUCUGGGUGAAGCUGAUGCUGAUCUCAGUUCAGAUAACCAGACUCUCCUGCUGAGGGGGGAUGUGACUGGACAACUCACCUGCAGCGUCAGGAACCACGUCAGCAGCACACACACCACCAGACUGAUGGAGCUCUGCUCUGGUCUGGACUCCAUGUGUGAUGCUACUCAGGAUGCUGCAUGUUAUGGGGCUCUGGGAGGACCUGUUUAUUUGCAGCUCAUUGAGGACACCAGAGGAUGUGAACUGAAGUUCUACCAUGAAAACAAGAGAGCUUUUACAUUCAGAAAAAACAAGCCAGUGUUCCAUGAUGAGUUCAACACCCCAUCAGUCCUCCAGAGGUGGCAGUUUGUUCCUGAUAACGGGACCAUGAUUAUCAACCCUGCAGAGAGCAGAGACGCAGGAACAUACAGAGUGGUGAUCACUGCAUCAUCAGGGACAUCAGUGGGACAACACACAGUACAGCUGACCAUAGAAGCCCCCUUGUCUGAUGUGGACCUGUCAAUCAGCUGCUCAGCCAAUGGGGAGAGGAGUGUGAGGUGCUCCUCCAAUGGGGACAGUCCUCAGUUCAGUUGGUCUCUGGAUGGGAGGCCUCUGGGUGAAGCUGAUGCUGAUGUCAGUUCAGAUAACCAGACUCUCCUGCUGAGGGGGGAUGUGACUGGACAACUCACCUGCAGCGUCAGGAACCACGUCAGCAGCACACACACCACACCUCUGCUGUUUGGAUGUUCUGGAGGUAUUUCUCCAGUGUUCAUCAGUGUGUGGCUGGCAGAGAUCAUCAUCCUCACAUCACUGCUGGUGGGAGGGUAUUACCUCUACAUAAGAAACAGGACAUCACACACUCCAGGAGGAGGUGCAGAUGCAGUGACUCCCCAUUGGUCCAGAGGAGGUGCAGCACCAGACUACUCCUUCAUUCCCCAUCCACGAAUCUCCUCUAUUAAUGCAGGUCUGGAUUCCAUGUGUGAUGCUACUCAGGAUGCUGCAUGUUAUGGGGCUCUGGGAGGACCUGUCUACCUGCAGCUGAUGAGGAACACCAGAGGACACAAACUGAGCCUCUAUUAUAACAAGAGGAGAGACGCAGGAACAUACAGAGUGCAGAUCACUGAGUCAACGGGGAGAGGAGUGAAACACACAGUACAGCUGACCAUAGAAGCUCCUGUGUCUAGUGUGGACCUGUCAAUCAGCAGCUCAGCCAAUGGGGAGAGGAGUGUGAGGUGCUCCUCCACUGGGGACAGUCCUCAGUACAGCUGGUCUCUGGAUGGGAGGCCUCUGGGUGAAGCUGAUGCUGAUCUCAGUUCAGAUAACCAGACUAUCCUGCUGAGGGGGGAUGUGACUGGACAACUCACCUGCAGUGUCAGGAACCACGUCAGCAGCACACACACCACAAGACUGAUGGACCUCUGCUCUGGAGGUAUUUCUCCAGUGUUCAUCAGUGUGUGGCUGGCAGAGAUCAUCAUCCUCACAUCACUGCUGGUGGGAGGGUAUUACCUCUACAUAAGAAACAGGACAUCACACACUCCAGACCAGGACGUGGAGCUCACUCUGACCUCCACGAGUCGCAGGAGGACACCAGAGGAGGUGCAGAUGCAGUGACUCCCCAUUGGUCUAGAGGAGGUGCAGAUGCAGUGACUCCCUAUUGACCCAGAGGAGGUGCAGAUGCAGUGACUCCCCAUUGGCCCAGAGGAGGUGCAGAUGCAGUGACUCCCCAUUGGCCCAGAGGAGGUGCAGCACCAGACUACUCCUCCAUUCCCCGUCCACUAGAGACCCUGAUCAGUCCUAGUAGCAGUCAUAGUAGCCUGUUACUACAGUAGACCUGUUCACUUUGGGAGGACCUACAACUUCAAUUCUGCUGUUCAUUGGCGAUUUCAUGCUAUUGUCUGGUUUCCUCUGGGUCAGAUGCUAACUGGUGUUUGUGUGUGUGUGUGUGUGUGUUUGGGAGUGGCAGUUCUACUAGUGUAGUUUGAGAGAAAGUGGAAUAGAACAUUAUGCCCAAUAUUCCAAUAUGUGGUUUAAUGUUCUGCAUUUCUCAUUAGU